AAAAAAAUCAGCCCUAUUGGUCUCCUCAGUCUUCACUCCCUAAAAUAAAUUUCUCCGCCUUCUUAUUUCCACCAACAAAUCUGAAGGAAAAUUAAAAAGGGAAGAAAAUAUCGUCGAUUGGAUUAAGUGUUAGAUUGAUAUUAUAAAGAUGUCUCCAACAGAAUCAUCACGAGAGGAAAAUGUUUAUAUGGCCAAGUUGGCUGAGCAGGCCGAACGUUAUGAGGAAAUGGUGGAGUUCAUGGAGAAAGUUGCAAAGACGGUGGAUGUUGAGGAGCUGACGGUUGAGGAGCGGAACCUUCUCUCUGUGGCUUACAAAAAUGUGAUUGGAUCAAGGAGGGCUUCAUGGAGGAUCAUCUCUUCCAUUGAGCAGAAGGAAGAGAGCAGAGGAAAUGAAGAUCAUGUUGCACAAAUAAAGGAUUAUAGGGGCAAGAUUGAAGCUGAGCUCAGCAAGAUCUGUGAUGGGAUUUUGAACCUUCUUGAAUCUCACCUCAUCCCUUCGGCCUCAUCCGCUGAGUCAAAGGUGUUUUACCUUAAGAUGAAGGGUGAUUAUCACAGGUAUCUUGCUGAGUUUAAGACUGGUGCUGAGAGGAAGGAAGCUGCCGAGAGCACUUUGUUGGCUUACAAGUCUGCUCAGGAUAUUGCUCUUGCUGAGCUUGCUCCUACUCAUCCAAUUAGGCUUGGACUUGCUCUUAACUUCUCUGUUUUCUACUAUGAAAUCCUCAACUCACCUGAUCGUGCCUGCAAUCUUGCAAAACAGGCUUUUGAUGAGGCUAUUUCUGAGUUGGAUACUUUGGGCGAGGAAUCUUACAAGGAUAGUACAUUAAUCAUGCAACUUCUCCGGGACAAUCUGACGCUUUGGACAUCUGACAUCAUGGAUGAGGCUGGAGAUGAGAUCAAGGAAGCUUCGAAAGAGUCAGGUGAGGUACAGCAGUGAUGAGAUAAAUUCAUAAGAAUUGUGCUCUGUGCCUUAUCUGCAGGUAUACAAUACAUGGAUGCAAUGUGGGUUGUCACAGAAGGUUCGGGUUUUAUUUUUUAAAUGCAUUCAUCUUGGAGUCAUAAUGUUCCUCUGAAUUAUUUAUGUGCCUUAUUUUUGAACAAGAAGAAUUUGACUUGGUUUGAUUUGUUUUUCAUGUGGUAGUGCUGAAUUAGUGGGUUUGCCAAUCCAUCCUUUUCUUUGAAUUUUAGUUA